ACAGAACCAAAGUCGAUUCAUUAAUAUCGGUCUGAUUAUUUAUUCAUAAUUAAUUAUUAUUUGGCACGCGCCCUGCCUUGUGCAGAAUGCAGCAUUAAAGCCAAGUUUAUUUAAUGUCAUUUCAUCUACUUUGAUGAUUGAACAUGACACUCAGUUGGUAUUUGCAAAUGUUAACGCGUAUACAUGUAGAAAAACCAAAGCGGAACAAAUUUCAAUUGAACGAAACGACAAAUAGCAAAAAGCAAAAGAAACAAAUUAAAAUUUAAACAAAAAAUUAAAUAAAAAGAAAAAUGAUAAUAACUAUGAGACGUGUUCAGUUUUUGAUUAUUGCAGUCGCAGUUGUACUCACGCAUCACGUAGUACGUUUCACUGUCGGUGCGACUUCUCCAAGUGUGAUAUCCUUGCAGUUUGGUUUUGAAACUGAAAAUGGUCAACAGCGCAACGAACAUAUUAGAUAUGAUCGAAAUUCCGUACUCGGCGAUAGCAAUGAAGAAAUGAAGAGAAAACCUUUAGAAUAUCGUGGCGAUUAUAGUUUUACAUCGGAUGACGGCUAUCAAUAUGUCGUUAAAUAUAAAGCGAACGAGAAUGGAUUUCAACCUUACGUGACGGCGCAUAAAGUAGUGAAAAAUUAAAAUAUUUAUUUUCUCAUUACUUUCCGCAAUUCGAUCAAUAUUUAGAAAAUCCCGCGUCAUCAUAUCAUAAUAAUUUGUUUUUUUUCUUUUUAUAUAUUAUGCAAUUAC